AAAAAUGUUUUUAUUUAUUUUUUAGCCCUGGAUCGUUUAAUAAAUCAGUAAAUGAUUGAAAAUACAACUAUUUACUUUUAGUUUAGUUCAGUUCAUUAUUAUUGUUGUAUUUUUGAUCAUUUAAUGAUUUUUUUAUUCAAAAUGACUACGUAACUCUGGUACUACUAGCGCCACCUAUAGCGCUGUUACCCAGUUUGCGCGCCAUCUAGCGUGUGGGGAAAUAUAGUUUUCUGAAUUUUGGCUCUCAGAGUGGCGUAUCUAUACCAGUAUUAGUGUAUAAUCUAUGCUUAGUACAGUCCACUUGCAUUCAUUUGGUAGUAACUAAUAAACCUUUGAACUGUCAACACGUUGUUUUUAAAUGUGCUACACCGUCCAAGCAAAAAUCAUCCUUAUCGCCGUGAACAGUCGGUGUCCAUACUUCUUAAGCUGUUUUAACUGAAUUUCACACUCACUUUGGAAUCAAAAUAUAAACAAAUACUUCAUAUUUGUUUUUACAUAACCUAUUAUUUAUUUUGAACUCAGAACUAUCACACAAACUCAAAAGACAAGCAACAAUAAUGAUAUCAAAUCAACCACACCAACAAUGUUUUAAAACAUCAAACAAAUCAACCAAUUUAGUCGCUUCAGACUCUCAACCAGGGAUGUUACGGAGGUUCGGUUCCGAUUCCGAAAAGUCGGAACUUCCGAUUGUUUUUACACUUCCGAUUUCGGUUUCGGUUCCGAAACUUUUAAAUCGGAGGUUAUAUCGGAGGUCGACGCACAGCGGUGCGGGCGGCGCGUGGCCGCAGCCACGAACUUGUUUAUACUUGUCGCGCGGGGGAUGCCCCGCUCCACGUAGUUUUGUCAAUUACUUACUCUUUCAUUUAUUAUUGUUUUGCAUUCGGGAUCGGGUCAAUCGUUUUGUUCGUGCGUUUGAGUUUCAAGUAAACUUAAGAGUUGUUAAUAAGUGUUGGUGUGUUUUAUUAACGAUUGAAUGUGACACAUUUAAUUGAAUUGAACAAUGAAACCAAAAACUAGUUUUAUUUGGAACUAUUUUGAUGAAGUUUGUGCUACUACGGCAAAGUGUAAACUUUGUGAGAAGAUAUAUUCAAGAAAGGGAGGUACCACUUCUUCUUUAAAAAGUCAUUUAAAGUCGGUGCAUGCUACUGAAUAUGAAGAAUUAAUUAAAUUAGAAUCUUCAAAGAAAUGUUCACAACGGCCUACGACUUCAACAACACCUCUUCAAGAGGUCAAAAAACAAAUUACUGUCCAAGAGGCUUUUAUAAAAAAUCAAAAAUGGUGUAGUUCUAAUCCUAAAUCUAAAGAGAUAGAUAAAUAUAUUUCUGAAAUGAUUGCAUUGCAAGACCUUCCUUUCAAUUUCGUGGAAGGUAUUGGAUUUAAACGACUUUUAGGGCUAUAUUUCACCGGGACACCAUGGCGGCGCAACCAGUCGCCGCUGCCAACAAAAUGUAUACAGCUCUAUAGAGAGUUACUCACCUGGUGUCCGUUUAGUUGCGCAACCAAUUUGGCGGCGCGACCAACUCGGACGCGUGCAUAGAAUGUUACUGGUUGCGCCGCCGCGCCGCCACGCUGGUCGCGCCACCACUAACUACUAUAGCGCGAUAUGGUGUCUCACUCACUCGGCCGCCAGUCCGGCUGCCAGUGACGCUCCCACCUCAUUGCAUGCAGCACGUGUCGCAGUUAUGUUUUAUUUUUUAACUGCUUAUUUUAAUAUCUGAUUAGUUUGUUAACUGCAUACGAUGGAUAAUUUCGAUACAGAAAGGUUUAUUAUCGAAAUUAAAAGUAGACCAUCAAUUUGGGAUAAUUCCUCGUCAGAUUAUUCCGAUAGAGAUUUGAAAAAGAAAUGUUGGGAGGAAGUUGUAGAUUUAUUUGGAGAACAGGAGCAAACCGUUGAACAAAAAAAGAGCUUUGGGUUAGUGUUGCAAAAAAGGUGGAAAAGCAUCAGAUCAUGCUAUGCGCGGGAAGUCAAACGUCAAAGAAAUGUUAAGUCCGGGUCUGGAGCCACUAACCGCAAAAGCGAAUAUAUAUAUUUUAAGCAGUUACAGUUUCUACAAAAAGUAGUAGCUAUCAGAGAAGGUGAAGAAGAAAAAAAUUCGGAGAGCUCUGAAGUAGGCGAGCGACCAAAAAAAGUUACAAACAAACGUAAACUAGCAGUAGACGAUGAUCCUUUUAUUCAAGCAUUAAAUAAUUCAAUUGAGCAAAGACGCCGUGAGACAACAGAGCAGAGACUACGCGAGACAGCUGAGGUUGACGAAGAUCGGCUAUUUUUGCUUUCAUUGUUGAGCACAUUAAAAAAUCUACCUCCUCAAAUUAAAAUGGCUACCAAAAUAAAGAUGCUAACUUUGUUGAACGAUGCGUCAGGUUUUUCUGGUAACAGGACGUUUGAUUAUACUGGUCCGUCUUUUCGGAAUUCUCCAGAAAUUAAUCCAGGUGGCAGGAUGAUGAGUCAUGACACCUACCAUCCUGGUUAUUCGACGCAACGGCAAGUGAUUGCUACUGAAUAUCCUGGACCAAGUUAUAGGACAAACACGAAUUAUCAGAAUGAACCUAUCACAAGUAGUCCUAAUUCCCCAUAUAAUUCUAUGAAUACAAUGACAUAUGCAAGUUCUCCAAGCGACACAAAUGAUUCACAGGACUCAGAACCACUUAUGGAUCUAUAUAGCACUUAAACGUUCAUGCUUGUUUGUUUGUCUACAUUUUUUAAUAAAACUUACUUUAAAAAUGUUCAUAGUUUGAUUUAACUUACCU